AUGGAGCUACUGUCGCCGCCACUCCGGGACGUAGACUUGACAGGCCCCGACGGCUCUCUCUGCUCCUUUACCACAGCCGACGACUUCUAUGAUGACCCAUGUUUCGACUCACCGGACCUGCGCUUUUUCGAGGACCUGGACCCGCGCCUGGUGCACGUGGGGACCCUCCUGAAACCGGAGGAACACACACACUUCCCCACCGCGGUGCACCCAGGCCCAGGCGCUCGCGAGGAUGAGCAUGUGCGCGCGCCUAGCGGGCACCACCAGGCUGGUCGCUGCUUGCUGUGGGCCUGCAAGGCGUGCAAGCGCAAGACCACCAACGCCGAUCGCCGCAAGGCCGCCACCAUGCGCGAGCGGCGCCGCCUGAGCAAAGUCAACGAGGCCUUCGAGACGCUCAAGCGCUGCACGUCCAGCAACCCGAACCAGCGGCUGCCCAAGGUGGAGAUCCUGCGCAAUGCCAUCCGCUACAUUGAAGGCCUGCAGGCUCUGCUGCGCGACCAGGACGCAGCGCCCCCUGGAGCCGCCUCCUUCUACUCGCCAGGCCCACUGCCCCCAGGCCGAGGCAGCGAGCACUACAGCGGCGACUCGGACGCUUCCAGCCCGCGCUCCAACUGCUCCGACGGCAUGAUGGAUUACAGCGGUCCCCUGAGCGGCCCCCGGCGUCAGAACGGCUACGACGCCGCCUACUACAGCGAGGCGUCCAGCGAAUCCAGGCCAGGGAAGAGUGCGGCGGUGUCGAGCCUCGACUGCCUAUCCAGCAUCGUGGAGCGCAUCUCCACAGACAGCCCCGCCGCUCCUGCGCUGCUGCUGGCAGAGGCAGCACCAGAAUCUCCUCCAGAGGGGGUAUCCCCAAGCGACACAGAACAGGGGGCCCAGACCCCGUCCCCUGACGCCACCCCACAGUGCCCUGUAGGCGCGAACCCCAAUCCGAUCUACCAGGUGCUUUGA